AAGUUCACUCACAUCUGACACUUUUGACAGGCAUCCCACGCGUGGCUUUUUCCUUUAAUUUGUUAACUCCGAAUACAGUGUAAUCCUCCGCUAUAAUGUCGCUUUCGAACUUCAAUCUCAAGUCCAAGGUGCUGCUGCAUCCACUGGUGCUGUUCCAGAUCAUCGAUGCCUACGAGCGUCGCCCCAAAGACGACACAGAGGUGAUGGGAACUUUGAUGGGCACUAUCGCUGGCAAAACAGGUCGCAUCGAGAUCUCCAAUUGCUUCAGCGUGCUGCACCGCAUGCACGGGGCGAACAGCAGCCACAUUGACCUGGAUCUGAAGUACGACAACGAUAUGCUGGAGCUGGCCCAGAUCGCCUAUCCGCAGGAGAAGGUUCUGGGCUGGUUCAGCACCGGCAGGACCAUCUCUACCGCAGCGGUGGAGCUGCACGAAUACUACGCCCGCCAGUGCCACAGCGGACAGCCGCUGCAUCUGCUGAUGGAUACGUCGCUGCGCGGCGAGCGCAUGAAUACGCGCCUCUUCUGUGCCGUGCAGACGGGCGUGCCCGGCGGCACCAAGGGCCUGAUGUUCACGCUGCUGCCGAUGGAGAUCUACUACGGCUCGGCGGAGAUUGUGGCCAUGCGCCACAUGCAAAAGCAUUGCACGCAUCCCGUUAAGAACUCGGGCCGCAUAUUGACCGAAUUCACCCAAAUUGUGGACUCCACCAAGGGCAUUCAGCAGCGGCUCGACCUAAUGCUGCGCUACAUCAACGAUGUCCUCAAUCGCAAGCGACGCCCCGACAACACUGUCGGUCGCGCUUUGCACGAUGUCUUGACCUCGGUGCCGAUGGUGGAGGCGGAGCGCUUCCGUCACAUGUUCAACACCAAUGUGCGCGACGUUCUCAUGGCGAUGACGCUCUCCUCGAUGAUCCAGAGCCAGCUGGAGCUCACCGAGCAUCUAUCCAAUAUGACAGAUGCUUAGCCACUGAUGUUCCGAUGGCAAUUAAUCAAUAAAGCGUCGCCUUUCUGUGGGUGGUGGGUGCGGAGGCUAUCCCGAUCCCAACACGUAGGCGUACACGGCACUGUGCAGCGA